AUGUCACAACCGUCGUCACCAGGACUGUAUCAACACCCUACCGGAAGCGAGAUUAUAGAUCUCGCAGCAGCCGAAGGUCAUGAUGCAAAUAUUCCCAACAGACUUGGCUCAAUCCAUCCAGUGCCGAGUCAUACCUCAGGGACCUCGCGGCGGAUAUAUGAGAAGCAGAACACCAUUGAUACAGAUGUUGAGAAAGGCCAACCCGACUCAGUAUCGUGCACAGACCAAGACGAGCGAGAGGAUGAAUUACAAAACGAUCCUAACAUCGUCGACUUUGACGGCCCCAACGACCCAGAAGACCCAAUUAAUUGGAAAGCGUCGAAGAAAUGGAGUAUGGUAGCUAUCGUAUCGGCCAUCACCUUCCUAGUCCCACUCGCAAGCUCACAAUUUGUGUCUGGUGUCCCACAAAUCAUGCGCGAGUUUCACUCAACAAGUGGGAUGCUCAAGGGUUUUAUGGUGUCGGUCUAUGUGCUUGGAUUUUCGUUUGGGCCCUUGAUCAUUGCACCGCUGUCCGAGAUGGCAGCUAUUGGACCUUGCGUUGGACCGAUCAUCGGAGGCUUCCUUACUGUCGCUAAGGGCUGGAGAUGGAAUUUCUGGUUCGUUGCCAUAGUGGGUGCUGCAUGUGUCAUUGCGUCGUUCGUAUUCAUGAGCGAAACCUCUGCCAUCAUCAUCCUCCAGCGUAAAGUGAACCGCCUCAAAGCCGAGACAGGUAACACUAAGCUACGCUCCAAACUUGAUACUGGCCGAACCUCGCGCGAACUAUUCAAAUACUCGAUUAUUCGGCCAUCCAAGAUGUUGUUCCGCUCAACAAUCUGCUUCGCAAUCUCGCUUUAUGUUGCCAUCACAUAUGCCUUCCUCUACAUCAUGUUCACGACCUUCACCAGCGUCUUCACCAACCAAUACGGCUGGACGGGUGGAAUAGUCGGUCUCUCAUUUCUAGGACUAGGCAUUGGCUCCUUUAUCGGUCAAGUCACAUACAUCCACUACGGCAACAAGGUUGUACACAAGCAUAUGGCGCGCGGAGACUUCUGCCCUGAACAUCGACUGUAUAUGAUGUGCAUUGGAGGUGUGUUCAUCCCCAUCAGUCUCUUCAUAUACGCCUGGAGUGUACAAUACCAGGUGCACUACAUUGUACCAAUCAUCGCAACGGGUAUCUUUGGGUUUGGUCUCUUGAUGACAUUUAUGCCCGCGACGACAUAUCUCGUAGACGUGUUCACGGUUUAUGCGGCGAGCGCCAUGGCGGCGUGCACGGUGAUGCGCAGUCUUGCGGCUGCGUUCAUCCCAUUAAGUAGCGAGGACAUGUAUGCGCAGUUGGGAUACGGGUGGGGCAAUACCAUGUUGGGUCUUAUUGCUGUGGCCUUGGUUCCGAUACCGUUCUUGUUCAUUCGGUACGGGGGCAUGAUUCGGGCGAGGAGUACAGUAAAACUUUGA